UUUAGAAACUAAAAUAGAAAAAAAUAGAGGGACUAAAAAUUAGUCAUAGAAACCAAACACCCCCUUUAUCACUUUGAAAUAUACUAAGUGGUGUGAAAGGGCGUCUAGCUGAGUAGUUUAGGCAUUCUCUGUAACACUUCUCUAGAAGUUCCUAAAUUAGGGAUCGGGGAUUUUUAUGAGAAUGUAUUCUUCUUGAUAUAAUGUCAGGGGCUUUCUUAUCCUGUAGAUCAGAGUUUUUUUAAAUAGAAACCCUUUAUUUGGAACUACAAGGGCAGAUAUCAGUGAACUCUGGUUUUGUAGCAAAUAGAUUGGACUGAUUGAGGAAACAGUAUAAUGUCUCUGUUUAUGUUGUCAUACCUCCUAGCAAGGUCAUGGCACGAGAAGUAGGCUCCUUUUGAACGUAGGAAUUAAAAAAUAUAGGAAUAGGAAAAACGUAGCAUUGUAAAUACAAAACAGAGGAUUGUAAAAUGUAAUAAUAUUGAAUGGAAGGUUGUAUACGACAUCUACAAUACCCUCUCCUACAAACAAAUCACCACCUGUGCAUCUGCGACGUGAUGUGAUCUGGUUUAAUAAGACUGUGUUCAACGGGGGACGCUUGCGUCCCCCUCCCCUAUUACUGUAGCACGGAUAGGGGCUACAGUGGCCCUCUAUCCCCUACACCGCCUUCCUCUUCCUCCUCUCCCCUCCCGAUUUCUUCUCUCUCCCGCUAAAUGGAUGGGGACGCUACGGCGGAGACCUUCCCCCCUUCGGCUUCCUUGGCACACAAGCGCGCGCGCUCGGAAUACUCCGACGAAGGAGGUCGAGGCGAUCCGCGGGCGAACCAACCGCCGCCGGACAAGGUACGCGUCGAUCCGCCGUCGCCCCCGAAUCGUUUGUCUGCGUCCGGCCGGCGACAAGAAGUCGGGUUCGUCCACGCGAAUCCGCCUUCAUCCUUCCCGGACCGGCGACCCGGUCGAUCCGUGCGAAGACGCCGGCGCCGCUCGUCUCUGUCCGCCGGGACGUCAGCUGCGGGGUCGAGGUCGAAGGGAGGUCAUCCAUUCUCCGAUAGAUCUACGCUCAGCCGAUCUGCGUCGUUCGAGCUUCACGGUCCAAGGUCCGCUUCGUCGGAUCUCCAAGGUCUACACCUCGGAUUGAUCCGAGUUCCAUUAAAACCGUACCUUGGAUUACCAUUAGGGUUUACAUGUACUGUACUUCUUUCUGCGCUACGAUUGAUGUGUUCAUCGCCUACUUUAACUAGUUAGGGUUGUGGUUAAGGCCGACAUCCGAUUCGCCUAUUGUUUAUGUACACCAACCAAGUUUCAUAUUGUUUAUGUACACAUAGAUCUCAACCUAACCUGAAUCACGUAUUGGUAACUGAUCCGUGGUAAUUAAGUAACAAAUUUAUACUACGCUUCAUAGGAAACAAUAUUUAGACUAUAGUGUCAUUAUUGUUUUCGUCGUCCUGGUUUACUUAAGAUUGUGUACCCACCCAUUUGUGCAUUUUCAAUUCCAUUAAGAUAGCUGUGGAUUGUAUGUUGUUUGCUGAAUGUUGGUGGGACAGAAUUGCAUAUUAAUGUUGGUAUUCGAAGAACUCUGUAGCGUUACCGUUGAAAGACCCAAACAGAACACCUUGUUCCUUCCAUAUCGAGUACUUUCAAUUGGACUUAGUUCGUGUGUCUACGAAUUGGACUCAGUGACCCUUUCAUUUGUAUUUGUCUUUCAUUACAUGACCAACCAUUGUAUGCAACUAACGAAACCUUUACUUAUUAUGCAGCUUGAUUAAAUUAUUUGAUUGUUUGACGUCCUCUUCAAAUAAUUAAGCCAAGGAGGUCCUGGUUGAGGAUACGAAUCAAGAUGAGCACCCAUGAUGCCAAAGUGUUGCAACACUUAGUCGUCAAUCUUGCAUCCUCUGUGGAAUCUGGUGCUUUCAAUAUUAGAAGCUUUCUAGAAGAGGCAUUCCGUCAUUUGGGUGACGAGCAUUACCUUCUGAAUGCUCUACUUGAAAUUCGAAAGGAGGUAGACCUGAUGGAGCAGGACGCAUUAGAGAGCAAAGCAAGGUCUGACCCAGAAAAGGAGAGGAUGGAGGAACAAAUUAACCUUGCGGAGCCUGUCAAGCCAGUGCCUAGACAAAUUACUUUCACCCCCCCUUCCUCACCAGAAUUGUAUGAGGCCAGUGACAAUGACUCGUACGACUCUGACAGGUCCACUAGGUAUAGCAUUUGGAACCUGUAAUUGUGGUACCUCGACCUUUGUCGUAGUGCUAGAAAUGCAUCCAAAUAAAUUAUGAACUUCUGUGUUAUGUCUGUGAUGCAUGUGUAACCGAUGUAGUACUGCUUCAAGCUAAUGUUCCUUUUGUAAGAACCUUAUGUCGAAUGGUACACCCUUUCAUAUGAAUUUAUGCGAAUGUGUGCAUCCUUAUGAUCAUUUUCUUUCACCCUUAUGUCCAAAUAAUUCGAGUUUCUAUUUUGUACUCCAAGUUUGUUAUCUGUUGUCCAACUUAAUGUAUUUAUGUAUUUCAUUCCAGAAUGGCUGAGAACAACUCAAACACACCUUUUCGACCACCUGCUGCCAGCCCCAAUUCAGGUAACCAAAUGUUCCCCCCACCCCUGUGGGAUCCUCAAAUGUGGCAGGCCCAAGGUUUAGACCCAACACAGCCUAAUAUGUUUAGUAAUCCUACAUCCCAUAUGACCAAUCCUAACUGGUCCCAGGGACAUAAUGACCCAUCUCCAUAUACCUUUCGUACUCCAUGGAACCCAUAUUUUGGUAUGACGAAUCCUGGGGGUCCUCCAACACAAACAUCCUUCGGUCAACCACAGCUGGUACCACCCAUUCCAUGUCCACAGGUUUCGACCCAUGUUCCAAACCAGACUGACCCUAUAAAUUUUGAAUCCGAAGCAGAACACAGUGUCCAGGAAGUGAACAGCCCUACCAAACCUUCUGAUACACCUAGGACUUUUAGGAGGACAAAGGAACAGAACUUCAAACCUGAUGAAGACCUGUUGCUUUGCAAAACAUGGCUAGAGAUUAGUAGUGACCCAGUUAUUAGCACAGGGCAGAGGAAGGAGGGUUUGUGGGCUAGAAUUGAGAAAAGGUACAAUGAACUUAGAGGUGAGUUUCCUUUAAGGUUGAAUAGGGCUCUCAGCAGCAAGUGGGACAAAAUAAGAGCAGAAACAGGAAAAUUUGCUGGAUUCUAUGCUAGAGUCUUAAGGGAAAACCAGAGUGGCCUCACAGAUAACGACAAGACAUCGAAAGCUGCAACUCUUUAUGCAACCUCACAGAAAAAGCCAUUUCAUUUCAUGCAUUGCUGGACGCGCCUUAAAAAUGAACCAAAAUGGGAUGCCAUGGUUCAUGGAAGCCCCUGGAGAGCCACUGCGGGGACGGAGCCUGGCCGUAGUCUUACACCUACAGGCUCUGUUAAUGAAGUUGAAUAUGAUGAAGGUGGUUCAAGAGGGAAGAGACCAUUAGGACAUGACUCCGCGAAAGCUUCAAGGAAGAAGUCAAUGUCCAGUUCAUCUCAGUCUACUGACUACCUUUCAAGAAUCCAUGACAUGCAAGUAGCAAGGUUCAAGCAAAGUGAAGAAAAAUCAGACCUAAAGCAGCAGAACAUUGAGUUCAUGAAGGAAGUUGAACUGAAGAAGUUGGAGGUUCAAUCCAAGGAAAUACAAGUACAGGAAAAAAAAUUGAUGAUGGAAGAUUGGAAGAAAAAAGACGAAGAGCUCAACAAACUUUAUGCUAUGGACAUGGAUGCGUUACCUGAUGAAUUGCGAGCUGUUUACAUCGCAAGGAGAAAAGGUUUAAUCGAAUAUUUCAUCAACAAUCCUGUGUGACGAGUACUACUGUAUUUCAUAAGGUGUUUGUCACCUUUGUAUCGGCUUACCGUGGUCCUAUGAGUUUGGACAUGUCUAUUUUAGAGUGGUUGAACAAUUCCUUAGUUGUUUGAGUUCAUCAGCUUGGUUUUUGAACAUUGUUUAUUUUCACAUUAUUGAUAUUCAUAAUAAGGAUUAUG